AAACAUGGCGAUGAUUAGGGUUUCGAGCAAAGAAGAAGAAUAAAACCAAAUUGGGGAUAAAAUAAUGGAAUCAUCAAUGUUUGUUUCCGAGAAUAUUUCCAUUUACCCUCUCGACCAUUGUUAAUAAAAGUUUAUUCGGUUCAAUCACACAAAUUUACUAACGUGAAACCAAACCAAAUUUUAUAAUACUACAUACAUAAAGUAUAUGAAUUUCCACAUCAAAAUACUUUCAUCGGAUUUCCAGAUCUGAUUUCUUUCAAUUUUAAAUCCGAAAUUGAGAUAUUUUCGGAAGUAGUAGAAUUUUCCAAUUUUCCUCCUGUCUUGUGAAAGUGGUAGAUAUUUUGGAAUUUGAUUAGUAGGAUGGGGACGAUAUCAAGAGCAGAGCUAGCACUUGUGGUAAUGUAUAUGUAUCUGAACAAAACAGAGGCAAGGGAUAAGUUAUGCAGAGCUAUACUACAGUAUGGUUCCAAGUUCUUGAGUGGUGGACAACCUGGUACUGCUCAAAAUGUUGACAAAUCUACUAGCUUAGCCAGAAAAGUCUUUCGUCUUUUCAAGUUUGUGAAUGACUUGCAUGGUCUCAUCAGUCCUGUGCCUAAAGGGACUCUUCUUCCUCCUGUUUUACUUGGAAAGUCGAAGAACGCACUUUUAUCUACAUACUUGUUCCUGGAUCAAAUUGUCUGGCUUGGGAGAUCAGGAGGAAUAUAUAAGGUCAAGGUGGGAGGGAGAGAUCAAAGUGUAUGUACAAGUAUUACGGUAAUGCCAUUUUCCGUGUAAUUAAGCUGACUAGACUUAUGGAUUUCAA